AUAAACAACGGGCUCAAGAGAGCAUUCUAACCCAACGAAAUAGCGUUCGAUUUAGGUGUAAAUAAAGCCUUAUCAGAUCAGUUGUUCACUGAUGGACCUAAGACGAGUUAUCAGGUGUUUUUCUUGGAUCCGGAGAUAUGGAUUGCUAUAUAAGUGAUAUCAAGGUGUCAGGUAUCAAUCUGAUUUUUUCCCGUUGAUGGUUUCAGUGCAGUGAGUCAUCGAUUGUGCGAGUGGAAUUCGUUAAAAUUUAGUUCGAUUCAGAUAGAAUUUGCGUGCGUGGGUAACGUAAGCCUAGCUUACGGCAGUACUGUUGGUGACAGUUUGGAUUCUGUUGAAGCUUACUAAACUUUGGACGGAGUGGGAUUUAGGAGAUAGCAGUAUCUACUUUUGGAUGAUUCAAAAUGAAGACACUUCUUCCUUCUACUCUGAUUGUGCUGAUAGUCACCACAUACACAACAGCCAGCUAUCAAGUAGGCAUAGGAAUAUAUGAUUGUACGGGACCAGCAGCAGGUGUUACCUUUAUGGGAUAUGCCAAAUCAUCACAAGUUGGCUGUGGUAUCCAUUUGAGGCAAUUCGCAAGAGCAUUUAUCAUCGAUGAUGGUAAAACAAGAAUUGCAUAUGUAACAGUAGAUACUUGUAUGAUAUCCCAUGGAUUGAAAAAGGAGGUUCUGAGUAGGUUGAGGAAGAGGUACAACGAUACCUAUGGUUACCAGAAUGUGAUUCUGAGCGGAACACAUACACACAGCGCUCCUGGUGGUUUUAUGAUGGACAUGCUUUAUGAUAUUCCUGACAAAGGUUUCGUUGGAGAAACCUUCAUGGCCUUAGCAGAUGGUAUAACCAAAGCAGUAAUCAAAGCUCAUGCAAAUAUAGUUGAAGCACAAAUUUACGUUACUGCUGGAGAAAUAGUUGAUGCUAAUAUAAACAGAAGUCCAUAUUCCUAUUUGAAUAACCCAGAAGAAGAGAGAGCGAAGUACAAAUAUAACACCGACAAGGACAUAGUGCAGCUAAAAUUCGUUAGGUCGUCUGACGGUGUUCCUAUUGGAUCUAUCAAUUGGUAUGCUGUUCAUCCAACCUCAAUGAAUAAUACAAACUGUUUGAUAACAUCAGAUAAUGUUGGUUAUGCCUCACUUCUACUAGAGCAGUUCGUCAAUGGUGGCACGAUUGUUGGCAAGGGUCCAUUUGUUGGAGCCUUCGCUUCAACUAAUCUAGGAGAUGUGUCCCCUAAUCUAAAUGGCCCUAAGUGCAUCAACACCGGUAAAGACUGUGAUUUCAAGACGAGCACUUGUGAUGGAGAGGCCAAAUAUUGCAUCGCUUCAGGACCAGGAAAGAAUAUGGUCGAAAGCACCGGCAUCAUUGCCAACAGGUUGUUCGCUAAAGCUAAGGAAUUAUUCGAAAAUAAUAAUGGGGAGGAGUUAACAGGACCAGUAAGGUUUAUUCACCAAUUUGUUGACAUGCCCAAACAAAGGAUUAAAUUAACUACGAAGAAUGGAUCUGAAAUCGAGGUGAGGGGUUGUACUCCGGCUAUGGGCCAGGCGUUCGCAGCCGGCACAACUGAUGGACCAGGGGAGUUUGACUUCCGACAAGGAACCAAAUCUGACAACCCGAUCUGGAAUUAUAUAAGAGAUUUGAUCUUUCCACCAUCCGAAGACGUUAAAGCGUGCCACAGUCCAAAAGAAAUUCUCAUCAAUUCGGGCAAGAUCAAGUUUCCCUAUGAAUGGCAGCCUGAAAUUGUAGCUACUCAGUUGGUAAUGGUUGGGCAAAUUGUAUUAGCAGCUGUACCUGGAGAAUUCACAACGAUGUCCGGAAGAAGGUUGAGAAAUUCAAUCAAGGAGAGCAUUAUACAGAAUGGUGGUCCGAAAAACACUAGAGUCAUAAUAACAGGACUAAGUAACGUCUAUACUAGCUAUAUCGCUACUUACGAAGAAUAUCAGAUUCAAAGAUACGAAGCGGCAUCAACAAUUUAUGGACCACACAGUUUAGCUAUAUACCAAAGCCUCUAUAGCGAUUUAGCAGGAGCCAUGUUAACUGGAAAAGAGGUUGCACCAGGACCUCUACCUCCAGACUUCCGUUCUCAACUUAUCUCGUUGACUCCUCCUGUCAUCUUCGAUGCACCACCAAAAGGCAGCCAUUUUGGCAAGUGUACCCAACAACCGCCUUCAGAAGUAAAGAUUGGGGAAACAGUAUCAGCUAAGUUUAUAUCUGGUCAUCCAAGAAACAACGUCAAACAAGGUAAAACGUUCCUGACAGUAGAGAAACAACUCGACAAUAAAACAUGGCAAAUCAUCUACACUGACGCAAAUUGGGAAACUAGAUUCAAAUGGAAGAAAACGUGCUUGUUCAAAGGGACCAGCGAAGCAACUGUAGAAUGGGAUAUAACUAAUGAUGUUGAACCCGGCACCUACAGACUGAGGCAUUUUGGACAUAAUAAACUUAUUAUAGGAGCCAUUUUACCAUAUAGUGGAACUUCAAAUAGCUUUACAGUGACCAAAUGAACAAAAUGAAGAUUGUAAUAUAAAAAAGUCUGUACUACAAUACAUAUUAAGUAAUUUAUGUAUAGAUUAAAGAAAUAUUCUUGCCAUAUAAAAUUUAAGUUAGUAUUUUCAUCAAAUGUGAUGAUGAUGAUCAAAAGUUAAUUAAAUAAGAAGUAUUUCCAUUA